GUUAAAGAUAAUCGAGAUGGAUUGCCCAAUAAAAGUUAGCUAAUUAAAAUCAAGUACAGAAUAGAAGGAGAUGUUUGAUAAAUUAUUAAAGACACCUAUUUAAGAAGGUUAAAGAUCAUAAUAAAAACACUAAUAAAAAAAGGAUUUAAUAAAUGAAUUGCGCCAAGAGAAUGAUGAAUUAAAAAAUACAAUAAAUGAAUUAAAGGAUAGAAUUUGGAUGUUAGAAUAAUAAUUAAAAGAGAAAUAAAGUGUUUAAAUAGAAGAAGAAAAUUAAGAGAUAAUUUCAGUUGAAAAACCAUAAUAAUAAUUUUAAGAAGAAAUGAAUGAAGAAGAGAAAUCUCUUCAUUUUGCUUUGAUGUUAUAAUAAUAAGAAGAGAUGGAAUUUUAAAAUCGUUUAAUUUAGUAAAAGAUGAAUAUAUAAUUAAUAGAAUGUAAAAUAAUGUAGAUUUGGAUGAAAUGAGUUAUGAAUAAUUAUAAGAAUUAUAAGAGAAAAUGGGUUUUGUAAGUAGAGGUUUGGUUGAAUAAUAAAUAUAAGUAUUAAUAAAAUAAUGUACUAUUUAAAGUUUAACAAAUGAUUGGUAUAAAAAUAAUAUAAUAUUUAAUAUAGUUGUACAAUUUGUUUAGAGGAUAGUGGUAACCCUGUAGAGAUUUAAUUAGAUUGUGGACAUGUAUUUCAUAAGGAUUGUAUAUCAGAAUGGUUAUUAAGAGAGAAACAUUGUCCUGUUUGUAAGAGAGAUAUUGAAUUAGGAAAAUUAAGAUGA